CAUUUCAAGAUUUUGACCUCAAAACACUUUUAACAACUAGUCCUAUGGGAAGUAGUGUGUUAAAUUAUUACGAGACAAAUAAACAGUUAGACAACAUAAGACGAAAAAGGCUUAUAGAUAUUAUAAUUAAACAUAUCUAUACCUAUAUUAUCACCAAUCGUUUACGACAUGACGAGUACAAUAGACUGACGGCUAAAAUAAUUGAUUUGUUCCCUAACGAAACGACUGGAACAUACUAUGUUCCGGCAAUAAGAGAAAGAGAUUCUUCAAUUAACAGAAGCAUUAUGGCAAAAGGAAAAUUGGUAGAUAAAGUUAAAAAUUUAAUCCGAGUAUGUGACGAGGCAAUACCAAAAAGGAGAAGAAAGAAUAAUGAUGCUGCUCCACAUUCGACCAGUACAAAUAGUGAAACCAAUAAUAACAAUGAUGAACCGUUAGAAAGCAAUGGAGAUUAUGCGUGGCUCAAGUUCAACACAGAACCAUGGAGUGACGUCUUGGUAAAAUGGGAAAAUACGUUUCAUCUUCGACAAGCAGUUAGAGGUGUUUCUGGUGGAAACGUAGCUGACGUUUUUAUGCUCUGGUCAAUAUUGAAAGAUUUACGAAGUGACACAUUGAUUAAUUCAGAUUUUAACCAACUAUAUGAUGGUAAAGGUCUUAAGCUUUUUAUGAAUUGGGACCAGUUUUUUGCAAAAAUACAAGAAGUUAAGAAGACAGGAAAUAAAGACAAAACAGUAGCAAAAUUACUCGAAUUACGGGAAAACAUUAAAAAUCAAGGUAAUAUUUAA